AUGUCAGAGAUCCCCCUCCGCACCACUACAGUCCUCGCCUUGGACUUUGGCACAACAGAUUACCUCCGAGCGGUUCUGAACCAUGUGCACAGCGUUUUGAAAAGUCAAGUUGGGCCAGCGUUUGACCACCUGACCUUUGUCAAUGUGAUCACCGUUCCCGCGAUGUGGUCCGAUAAAGCGCGCGCUUGUCUUCGAACAUGUGCCACGGAAGCUGGCUUUGGUGACGGUUCUACCAUUCAUAUCAUAUCUGAGCCCGAGGCCGCGGCAAUCCAUGCUCUCCAGGCAUCAAGUCCUAAUGACCUUGAGGUCGGAGAUACUGUGCUCUUGAUCGAUGCUGGUGCAGGCACCGUUGAUCUGAUCACGUUCACAAUUGAGCAGCUUCUACCUUGCCUACGGCUCCGAGAAGCAGCAAGCGACUUCGUCCGCCAGACACUGAGGUCUGACAUAGGUUGGAACAGUGAUUCACGGGACAACGCUAUGGAACGAUUCGAGUUAUUCGCGAAAAGGCGGUUCACUGGAGAUACGACGGAUACCUUCACCUUCCCCGUCCCGGGAAUUGCAGACAACGAAGAUCUCAACGUUCGUCGGGGAAAGUUUCAAAUCACGGGUCAAGAAAUAGGCGAUAUCUUUCUACCUGUACUUGCCCAGGUCUUGAAGCUCGCAAAGCAACAGAUCGACUUUUCCCAAGAACAUGUCAAGGCUGCCCUGCUGGUCGGCGAUUUUGAACAGAACCAGUUUCUUCGGAAUUAA